AUGAACAUUCCUUCAAGCUUCUUGGCUUUCACCUUCGCUUCCAUACUCACUUUAGGAACAUGGGAAUCUUCAGCCAAUGAGGACCUUCACUUUCUCCGCUGCCUUUCUCUUCAUUCCCCAAACGGCGAUGACUCAAUUUCCAACCUCAUUUACCCUCAAACCAACUCUUCAUUCUCUUCUAUUUUGAACUUCUCCCUUCGAAAUCUAAGAUUCUCCACGCCCACCACCCCCAAGCCGCUUCUCAUCGCCACACCCUCACAACCUCUCCAUGUCCAAGCCUUAGUUAUUUGCUGCAAAGCCCAUGGCUUUCAGAUUCGAAUUCGAAGCGGCGGCCAUGACUACGAGGGUCUUUCUUAUGUUUCUGAUGUCCCCUUUGUGUUAGUGGACUUGGGUGAGUUUAGAUCGAUAGCCAUUGAUAUUGAGAACAAUACUGCAUGGGUUCAGUCUGGUGCGACUCUUGGCGAGCUGCAUUAUAGGAUUGCUGAGAAGAGCCAAACUCUUGCCUUUCCGGCUGGUGGUUGCCCGACUGUUGGAGUUGGAGGACAUUUCAGUGGCGGCGGCCAUGGUGGGUUGGUUAGGAAGUAUGGUCUGGCUGCUGAUCAUGUGAUUGAUGCCAUUUUGGUUGAUGCAAAUGGGAUGGUUUUGGAUAGAAAAUUAAUGGGGGAGGAUUUGUUUUGGGCGAUUAGAGGCGGUGGAGGUGGUAGCUUUGGGAUUGUUUUGUCGUGGAAGAUAAGGUUGGUUUCAAUUCCUCCAAUUGUGACAGUUUUUACAGUUAAUAGGGAAUUGGAUGAGGAUACUCUUAAGUUGAUCCAUAGGUGGCAAUAUGUUGCAAGCAAAGUUGAUGAGAAUCUGUUUAUUGGUAUCACAUUGAGCACUGGUCCUAACACGAAAGAAAGACAAAGAACAAGAACAAGAACAAGAACCGUGAAUGCAUCAUUCUUUUCUCUAUUUCUUGGCAAAGCCAACGAUCUUCUUUCCAUCAUGCAACAAAGCUUCCCAGAGCUAGAAUUAGCAAAACAAGAUUGCAAAGAAACGAGCUGGAUUGAGUCCAACCUCAUUUUAGCAGGCUUUACAAACGGAGAGUCCUUAGAAGAAGCUCUCCUCAACAGAAGCACCACACCAUCCUUCAUUGGAGCCUACAAAGUUAAAUCAGAUUAUGUGAAGGAACCCAUCUCACAAACUGGCUUACAAGGGGUUUGGCACAUGCUAAGAACCACAGACAUUGACUCAGCUUCAAUUGUGUUGCUCCCUUAUGGAGGAAAAAUGAAUGAAAUUUCUGAGUUGGAAAUUCCAUACCCACAUAGAGCUGGUUAUGUAUUCAAAAUUGGAUACUUUAUUGUGUGGAAAGAGCGAGGAGUUGAUGCAGCUGAGAAGCACUUGAAUUGGAGUAGAGAAGUUUAUGAUUUCAUGGCUCCUUUUGUUUCCAAGUCUCCAAGAUGUGCAUAUGUGAAUUAUAGAGACCUUGAUCUUGGAAGGAAUAAUGAGUUUGGGAAAGGUAGGAGCUACGAGGAAGCAAGCAUUUGGGGAGUGAAGUAUUUUGGGAACAAUUUCAAGAGAUUAGUGCAAGUCAAAACUAGGGUUGAUCCUUAUGAUUUCUUCAAGCAUGAGCAAAGCAUUCCCUCUUAUGUUCUUUAUUAGGUGGUGAAAAGUGAGGCUGAUAUGCUUGGCUAUUCAAGUGGUGCUAUGAUCUAUUAAGAUUGCUAUCAUCAUGAGAUGGUAAAAAUGUUGAAUAUAGUACUCAAUCUAUUAGGCAA